AUGAGCCAACAAUCACGUCGUCCUAGACGUUUACUAGCAGCGUGCCACUCUCAGAAGAUUAAAUGUUCAGGAAAGCAGCCUUGCCAAUCCUGCUCGGCUUGUGGAAAGGCUAGCGAGUGCAAAUUCCCCUCCAAAGAGCGGAAGAUUCCCAUAUCUGAGAGCUACCUGAGGAAACUCGAGGCGGAUAGCAAACAGCUGCAAAAUCUUACCCAAAAUCCAACACCCCAGAGUUUCGGCCAAGACACUCCCAGUAUAGACCGAGACGAUGACCCUGUUGAUUCAACCAACAUCUCAUCCGAUGAAUCCAAUAUGCUCAAUCCUCUCUUCGAUGGACAGCCUGAAAACGUCGUGAACGAGCGAUGUUCAGAGUCGGGUUAUAUUGGCGAGGCAUCAUGCACGGCAUUCAGCAACAGGCUCCUGCAAUGCCUCGAUCCAGACUACACUCCCUCUACGGCCGGUUUCUCAAACUAUUGCCGUAUCAAUACCAGUAAUAGCCUGGCGUCAUUACAGGAGCAAGACAUUUCCGGUUUCCCCGAGAGGAUGCACGCCAGGCUUCUCCUCAAUGUCGCUCGGAGAUUCAUCGGAAACUACCAUCCUCUCUUCCUUAAAGUAACCUUUAUGAAAGAACUUGACGAUAUAUACCGGCAAGAGUUCUCGCCGUCGACAAUGUGGCUCUGCAAGUUUUACACGCUUAUGUGUCUCGGGGAGAUAUACACAAACCGACGGGGAAUCGACAGUAGCAAUCGAGUACCGGGAACAGAAUACUACGCGAAAGCUGUCGGAAUGCUUCCAGACUUCUAUGAAGAGCCCUCAUUGACGCAAGUUGAAGUUCUAACCCUUCUGGCAUGGGCGUCGAAUAUACUCGGCCGGGUGCGCACAGCAUACUGCUACAGCGGAACAGCCAUGAGGCUGGCAAUGGGAAUCGGCAUGCAUAGACCGGCGUCAAGGGGGACCACGUUGACGCCCGUGGAGAGAGAAAGCCGGAGGCGGACGUGGUGGGUUCUGUACUUCUUUGACCGCUUCUCCGCUUCCAAGCUGGGGCAGCCUGUGUCGAUCCGAGACGAAGAUAUCGACGUUGAAAUGCCUAGCAUGGAUGGGUUAUCAGAAGAGGAGAAGAUCGAAUUUCUCGACCCCCAGCCUCUCGUCACUAAUAUCAAACUGGCGCGAAUUAUCGGCAAUAUAUUGACGGACAUAUACGGAAUUCCGAAUCGGACUCAAGGACUCCGCAUACAUCGGGUCCAUGGCAUCUUGAAGCAACUUCGAGAAUGGCACGAUGACUUACCGCCAGAUAUGCGCGUGAAGGAACGCGGGACACCACGGGGGGUGUCAAGCCUCCACCUUGCCUACAACCAGUGCAUCAUUCAAACGACACGCCCUGUUCUUUUACAUCUUUUCAAGACACAAUUUCAGCUCAGCUCCAAAACACCAGACCCUCACGCAGCGCCGCGGCGACAAGUGUUCUCUUCCAUUACGCUCGCUCUAGCAGAGAGCUGUAUCAACGCGGCACAGGCGUCUAGCCGGAUUGCUGAGAGCUUAUUCUUGGACGGCUCCAUCGCGAUAUUCGGAUACUGGGACGCCCAUCACAUCUUCUCCGCUGCCCUUAUACUCAUCAUGUCUGCACUGAUGAAGCCUACGGAAGAAACUUCAGAUGCGCUCGAAAUGCUGUUGAGUAUUUUACGAUCCAUGAGAAACGAUGGAAACAUCCCGGCCGUACAAUUCUGUGAGACGCUAUCCUACAUCCAGUCGAAGGUCAUCAAACUUCGCUCCAUGGACCACGCUGAGCAGCAGCAGGUCUUUCUGGACAAUUCCGCCACUGUUGCUCCAGACGCUGGUGCUCCAGUUGGAAACCCAACCGAUCGGCAAGAACAUGGGAUAAGCGUCAGCGGAGAUGAUCCGGCACUGUCUUUGGCUUUAGACGGGGAAGCAAGAAGAGCGGAACCAAGUAUGACUUAUCGAAAUAUGGAUGACAUUCUUGGAAACCCGCUGAUUGGGAGUUUCUUGGAUGAGAGCGGGGGUCCUUGGCCUGACCUCAUGUUUUCUGGAGACGGUACGUUGAAAGAGUUGGCCUCGGAGAUUGAGGAACAAUUUCUCUUUCAGAUGUAA